GUUGGUUCACCUGGCCAUUAUCCACUGCGUCCCAGCUGUGGCACUCUGCUGUAUUGCUCAUCUGCCCAGGGAAGUGCUGGAGAUCCAAAAUGAUCUUUUCCAGACCCCACUGCACCUUGCUGUGUACCUGGAGCAGCCCAGCGUGAUCCAGGCGCUGAUCCACAAGGGAGUGAACCCUGGGCUGCAGGACCGCAAUGGCAACACGCCGCUGCACCUAGCCUGUGAGCAGCAGCACAUGCAGUGUGCCCAGCAGCUGCUGCAGAGCACAGACCCACCGCAGGGCACAGCACAGCCCCAUGGGCACCACCACGACCUGCAGCUCCAGAACUGGCAAGGCUUGGCCUGUUUGCACAUCAGCACCUUGAAGGGGAACAUCCCAAUGAUGUCUUUGCUGCUGGAGAGCGGCGCCAACAUUGAUGUUCGGGAGGGCACGAGUGGGAAGACCCCAUUGCACUUGGCUGUGGAGUGCCAUAACCGCAGGGCUGUCCAGUUCCUGCUGCGCAACGGGGCGUAUGUGGACGCCCAGAUGUACAAUGGAUGCACCCCACUCCACCUCGCCGUGGGCCGCAAGGAUGCUGCCAUCGCUGCCAUCCUCUCGCACUGUGGGGCUGACACCCUGCUGAGGAACAUGGAGAAUGAGACAGCCCAGGAUCUGGCUGAUGGCAACAAUGAUCUCCUCGCCUUGCUGCCCUUCGAUGACCUGAAGAUCUCGGGGAAACCUGUGGUGUGCUCUGAAUGAGCGGCUGGACUCCUAUAGCCCGUUGGGCUGCCUCCUUGCUCUGCACUGCUGCCCUGCUGCCUGCUGGGACCUUGCCUGCCUGCAGUUCAGUUGGAGCAGCGCCACUGUGGGAGACCUAUCACCCCCUCUCCUCUUUGG